AUGGCGGACGCGUACUCACACGCCCUGCUCGUUGACCUCGAAGAAACCAACAUACCGAGAUUAAAAACUAAGUUAGUGAAAUACUUUCAGAGUAAGAAAUCCAGCGGAGGGGACUGUGAAGUGGACUAUGAGAAUGGCGCAACGGCCGUCCUGCGCUUCCGCAGAGAGGAGGACCAGAGAAAUGUCUUGGCGAAAAAGGAGCACCAGAUCCCUUUGGAAAAAGGCAUUUUGAGAAUGACAGUUCGAAUUCCCUCGGAGGAGAGAAAAUCGACAAAGGAAGAUUCAUCUGAACAAGGAAAAAAGAAGCAAGACAUUGCACAAGCCAAAAAACUUGAACAGAGCCAGACAGAUAAGGUUCAGAUAGAAACAAAAAGCAGUGAUGGUGAUCCUGCAGAUGAGGAGCUGUGUUCCACUUCAGCGGUUUUAGAGAAUAUUCCAGAUGAUGUAAAUCAGGAGUUUUUGGAGAUGCUCGUGGAGAAUGUGUUAAGGGAGGUCAGCUCUUCAUCCCAGGACUACGUUUUGGAAAUGAUUCCUCACCUUUCAUCUGCUGUUGUGACUCUCCAAAGUGUAAAAGCAAGCACUUACUUCAUAGCAAAAUGCCCUGAAAACAGGAUGUUUACAAAGAAGGAAUUAUUGAUCCGACCUCUAGAAGUUACAGAACAAGUAGCUGUUGAAGACAUUCAAGACAUUAAUGCAGACAUACUUCAGAUGUACUUUGAUCGUGAAGGAGGUGAUGUGGAAGAUUGUACACUCAAUGACGAAGAACAGUCUGCUGUCAUUACAUUUAAAGACCAAAGAGCGGUUAAGAAAGUGAUAAAGAAGAAGCAUUGCCUCAAACAGAAAGAGAUCAGAGUCUAUCCAUUUUACAAGUCUUUGGGAGUAGCCCUCUAUGGCAAAGACAAACCCAAACCAAAACUACCUGCAGCUGUCUCCGAGUCUGUUGACAAUGCCGUCUGGACAUACCUAACUAAAAAUCAAGAUGCCGCAGAGUCCAUCCAUACUGAUUUGGCAAAACACUUUUGUAAUGUAAAACUUGACCAGCCUACAGUGCUUUUGAAACCCAUUUCUGAACUUCUAAAGCAAAAGGAUGCCCAAGUCAUCAUCAAAGGGUGGGCAAAUACUGUCAAAUCAGCUUUUGCACAAGCAUUGUCCAGAUUCAAGUCCCUGAAAUUAAAGCUAGCAUCAGAGCAAUGGGAGGAGGCUGAGAAAGAGAUCAGGCAGACACUACUGAAUGAGAAUGUAGUUGUUGUACCUGAUAUGGCCAGUUGGGUCCUAUCUGUAGCUGGCCAGGCAAGUGAUGUGAACAGAUUAGAGAAAACUGUUUCUGAAGUUCUUAGCAAGAUUGAGCAAAGGAUUCAGAGAGAUAAAUUGAGUAAAACCCAAGAGAUCAAAGUAUAUCCAUCAAUUUUCCACAUCUUGUGUCAAGAUGGACUUAUGGAUAAAAUUCUCCAUCUCUGUCCAGAACUCAAAAUGUCAUAUGACAAGGUCAGAGCAGUUCUGCAAGUAACAGGAUUAGUUGAAGAGAUUAUUUCAGCAAGCAAAGUUCUGCACGACGAAAUGUAUGCAUUGAAACGUCAGAACUUGGAAGUGGAUAAGUUCAUUUUAGACCUGUUGAUGCAUGAACAGCAGGAAGAGCUCACAGAUGCCCUCCUCACAUCUUCUGGUAUAAAUGCAGCAUUGGAGACCUGCUCAUACAGCGUGCAACUCGUUGCCAUUUCUAACAAAGACCUCAUGAAAGCUCAAGAACAUCUGAGCAAGAUGCUGCUAUCCCAGUACAUUAAUGUUGAAGAUAUUGGUGUUCUAGAAAAGCCAGAGUGGCAGCACUUGGUCAGUCAUUUGGAGAAGGCCAACACGGAGUCUUGGAGAAGAGCUCAGAUCCAAACCAUUUCUCAGCAAGUUGUUGUGUCUGGUCACAAGGACAACGUCUUAAACGUAAGCAGCGAACUUGAUGACUUCUUAACACAGAAUGCUUCCGUUGAAGAAGCCAUUUCUGUCCAGUCAAGCGUCAUUACUGAAUACCUUCAUAUUCUCAACCCAUCUUUGUUGAAACAACUGGAAGACAAGGUGAAGGUGACUUUCAAAAAAGAGGCUAUCCUUCUGAGUGGCUCAAGAGCUGCUGUGAAAGAGAGCAAAAUCUUGGCCCAAAAGUUGGUCUCGUCUGUGUACUUUGAUAAGUUAAAGUUAUCCAUGCCCGGAGUGAAGAAGUUCUUCCAGUCCAAAGAAGCCAUGUAUGCAAACUCACUGAAGAAUGAAACUGGUUGCCUGGUCCAACUGGUCGAUGAGGCUGGUGGUGGACAAGAUCACUAUGGACAAGUACAAAAACCUGUAUACCAGGUUCAGACAUCUGAUGGAGUGGAAGUCGCAGUUUGCAAAGCAGAUAUGUGCAGUUACCCCAUACAAGCAGUAGUUAAUUCCGCUACGUCAGACUUGAAACUCGACUCAGGCCUUGCAAAAGCAAUUUCGAAAGCAGCUGGCCCUCAGAUGCAGGAUGAAUGUGACCACGUGGUCUCCUCAAGAGGAAAUCUCAAACCUGGAGAUUGUGUUGUUACUGAAGCUGGUGGGCAGCUUCAUUGCAAAAAAGUCAUCCAUACCGUAGGACCAGCUUUUGACUCAGCUAAUCCCAAGAAGAAGGAGGCUCAGCUGAGAAGAGCUGUCAGGGAAAGCUUAAGACUUUCUGAAAUGACUGGCUGCGUUUCUGUUGCUAUUCCUGCCAUUAGCAAAAAUCAAGGUUUUCCCCUCAUGCUAUGCACCACAACCAUCAUCCACGCGGUGAAGGAACACUUAGAUGAGAUGUCUGAUAACACCUUUAAAAAGAUCCAUUUUGUGGACAGUGAUGACAAUGUUGUUAAGGCUAUGGAGACAGCUGUCAGGCAGGAGUUUGGAAACCAGGGUGUUAGUUAUCCUCAACAAUCUUCCUCUCCCAAAGUUACCAGGCCUCCACUGGUAAAGCCUGUUGCAUCUAACCCCUAUCUGUGCCACAUAAAGACCAAAGAGGGCUUGGAAAUUCUUCUCACAAAAGGAAAUAUUGAGGCUGUCAAGACAGAUGUAAUUGUAAACACUAUCGCUGAAGAUCUAGACCUCAGCAAGGGGGCAGUUUCAAAGGCCAUCUUGAUAGCAGCUGGAUCCAAGCUUCAGAAGCUAGUAGAUAGCCAGAAUCCCAGUGGAAUACUUGGAGAGGUCAUUGUUACUGGUGGUUGCAAACUGAAGAGCAAAUCAGUAUUUCAUACAAUUGCUCCAAGCUGGGACAAUGGCCAAGGCACAGCUGAAAAGAUCUUAAGGGGAAUCUUCAAGGAUUGUCUGGCACUGGCCGAGGAUACUCGUGUGGCCUCCAUAUCUUUCCCAGCCAUUGGCACCGGAAACCUGGCUUUUCCGAAAGACCUUGUGGCUUCCUUGAUUUUGGAUCAAAUCUUUGAGUUUAGCAACCAAAGACAAACAAACCAUCUGAAGAGAGUUUACAUCGUCCUUUAUCCUGGUGAUACUAAGACUAUUCAGGAAUUUACUGAUGAAUUUACGAAGAAGUGCCCCAGUGGUUCUGGUGCUUUGUUGUCCAGAACUUUACCACAAAGUACAGGCCCCUUCUCUAAAGUUGUCUCUGUCUCCGGAAUGCAUGAGACUAAAAUCGGAAAUGUAACUGUGCAGGUAGCAACAGGAGACAUAACUAAGGAGACUACUGAUGUCAUUGUCAACUCUUCCAAUGACAAAUUUACCCUCAAGUCAGGAGUGUCCAAGGCUAUUCUGGAAGCAGCUGGUCAGGCUGUUGAACAAGAGAGCAAAAACCUUGGUUGUGAGCCCAACCCUGGCAUGAUCAUGACCAAACCCGGUAACCUACAGUGUAAGAAGAUCCUGCACCUGGUUGGACAGACUGACCCAGUAAAAAUUAAAAAAGCUGUGAAGGAUGCACUACAGAUGUGUGCAAAUAACUCCCACACUUCAGUGUCGUUUCCUGCCAUUGGCACAGGUCAAGGAAAUGCACAGGCUAAACUGGUGGCAGAUUCCAUGUUGGACGCAAUGAUCGAUAUGUUGAGCCAGAGCACUUCCUGCACCCUGACAAAAAUCAGGAUCAUCAUUUUCCAGCAAAAUAUGCUAAAUGACUUCUACAGCAGCAUGAAACAAAGGGAAUCCACCGACCAGAAAGAUAAAGUUGGCUUCUGGACAAACAUCGGCAACAAAGUCAAAUCUCUUUUUGUUGGUGAAAGUACUGACAAGACAAAAGAAGAGGAAUUUGUCAUUGUCCCUCCCCAGGUGGCCCCUGCUUGCUUCCAUAUCUGCAGUGACUCACAAGCUAAUACAGAUGCAGCUAAAAAGUGGAUAACUGACCUGGUUUCCCAAGAACAAAGCAGUGCUGUCAUUACAGACAGCGCUAUCUUAAACCUCUCUCCUUCAGACAGGAAGCGUAUUUCUGAUAUCCAAGACAACAUGCCAGUUAGCCUAAGAACUGAGUUCAAGGAUGAGAAAGCCUCGAUUAUCAUCGAAGGGUUCAGCAGGGAUGUGCUCCGUGCUAGCCGUGAGAUUGAUGAUACGUUGAGGAAGGUGAAGGAUGAGCAGGAGCUGAUGAAGAAUUUGGAGCAGGCAAGCGAUAAGGCAGAUUGGCAGUAUAGGCAGGGCGGACUUCCAUUUAAGAGUUUCGAUAAAGAGACCAACUACCUGCUGGAGCAAGCGAUGGAGAAGUCUCAACCACAAGUAAAAGUUACCAUCCAGGGCAAAGACUACAAUGUGGACAUUUCAAGUGGAGUAGCUACUGACAGCCAGGGACAAGUCCUUCAGACAAGGCGAAUCGACAAAUUAAAAGGUGGAGAUAUUCCUGAUGACUGGGAGUUCAUGCCACCUAACACCACCUGUGUAACUGUGGCAGUCCAGACUGGGACUCCAGAGCACACUAAAGUCCUUAAUCUAUUCAGAGCCACAUGCAAUCGAACUGUCUCCAAGAUUGAGAGAGUUCAGAACCCUGGGUUGUGGAAGAGCCUUCAGAUUAAGAAGGAAGAGAUGGAGGUGAGGAAUGGUCAUCAAAACAAUGAAAGGCUCCUCUUCCAUGGGACUGCUGAAAACACGGUGCCAAUCAUUAAUGACCGCGGCUUCAACAGGAGUUAUGCUGGAAAGAAUGCUGCUUGUUAUGGCAACGGCUCUUAUUUCGCUGUCCAGGCCAGUUACUCUUCCAGUGAUACAUACUCUAGACCCAACCAAAAAGGAGAGAAGUUCAUGUACCUCUGCCGUGUGCUGACCGGGGACUUCACAGUCGGACAAGCCAACAUGAUAGCACCUCCCUCCAAAGGGAGCAACCCCAAUGAAAUGUAUGACAGCGUUGUGGAUCAAAUGGGAACACCCAGCAUGUUUGUGAUCUUCCAUGACACCCAGGCCUAUCCAGAAUACCUGAUUACAUUCAAAUAA